AGUUCGAAUUAAAAAAGCCGGUAUAUGGUGGGAAAAUACAGAGUGACCGGAGCUCCGAUUUAAAAAAUUGCCGUAACUAGGCCAACAUCACCGUUGCUUUGCUCAAUUUAGUAGUUAUCGAUAAUCGGAUAAAUUGACAGUAGAGCGGGAAAAUAAAUUAUAUGUUUGAAAUGAAUCGUUUUUACAAAGUUUUUGCUCCACAUAAAUGCAAUGUUAUUGCUAUGCUGCACAUAGAGGCUUUGCCAGCGACUUAAGGCACGCCACGCUAUGCCGGUAAUUGGAAGCAAAUUAUUCAAAAAGCUGUCUACGAGGCUCAAUUGUACUUAAAACACAGAGUUGACGCUAUGAUUAUUGAGAAUAUGCAUGACAAGCCGUACGUUCUGAAUCGACACCUGGACAUUGAGGUUGUAGCCUGCAUGACCCGCCUUGGGCAAGCUGUGCGCGAAGUACUGCCCAAGGAGAUGCCCUUGGGCAUCCAGGUGCUGGCUUGCGGCAACGAGCAAGCUCUGGCCGUUGCCAAGGCAAGUCAGCUGCAGUUUGUGCGCGCCGAAGGCUAUGUCUUCGGCCAGGUGGCCGAUGUGGGCUACAUGGACGCAUGUGCCGGAAAAUUAUUGCGUUAUCGCAAGCAGAUCGAUGCCGAGGAUGUGCUCAUAUUCACCGAUCUGAAGUACCAUUCUCAUGCCGUCACUGCCGACGUGAGUCUAAAGGAUACGGCGCUGGCAGCCGAUUUCUUUGACACCGAUGGUAUUGUGCUUACUAAUAGCACUACUGGUCAUCCCGUGGAUCAUAAGGACGUGCAGGACGUAGUUUCCGGCGAAUUAAAAGUUCCAUUGCUUUUAGGCUCCGGCAUAACACUGGACAACAUCACACAUUAUUAUCAUGAUGUCCAAGCGGUCAUUGUUGGGUCACAUUUCAAAUUCGAUGGCGAUUGGCGGAACGAAAUAUCCAAUUACCAGGUUGAAACUUUUAUGCACAAGAUCUGGAGUCUACGGGAGCGGGACAAGUAUUUAAUUUUUGAAAAAUGAUUUUAUUGUGUGAAUAAAUGAUUGUAUAAAUAAAUUGACAUGAUGCUGAUA